GGGUCCAUCAUCAAUGGCGAUGAUGUGUUAGUGUGUGAUAUAUGCAUAGAACACCAUAGAUGUCUGUGACGAACUUUAAAAUCAUGGGCCCUGUACUUUUUUCCUUGAAUCAAAUUUAGUUUUUGCGUAAAAUACAAAGCAAACGAAAAAACGAAAAACUGAAAUGAAGAAUAAUGGAUGAUUAUGCAUGGAUACGAAAACGUGUGAGUGAUUUGGAACGCUCGUACCUGAUCGGUUUAUCUGAAGAAUUUGUAUAAAUCCCCAAAACGAAAUCUGAAAUCAAGUAGUUUGGUUGAGUAAUUGUUAACAAUGUCGACCUCAUCUGCUUUCGCCAUUAACGCUCCCUGUUUCAUCAAUGCUUCUUCUUUGAAGAAAUCAUCUUCUUCGUCCAAAUCUCCUUCAUUUUCCGCUAGAUUUACUUGCAAUUCGUCAUCAUCGUCGUCAUCGUCGUCGUCUUCAUCUGCAACUCCACCCAGGCUCAUCCGUAACGAGCCUGUUUUUGCUGCUCCUGCUCCGAUCAUCACACCGAAAUGGACGGAAGACAUGGGAAACGAAUCGUAUGAAGACGCCAUUGCUGCACUGAAGAAACUUCUAAUUGAAAGAGGCGAAUUAGAACCAGUUGCUGCAGCCAGAAUCGAUCAAAUCACAGCCGAACUUCAAACACCCGACGCCAAAGCUCCAUUUGACCCGGUUGAGAGAAUCAAAACCGGAUUCGUCAAGUUCAAGAGAGAGAAAUACGAAACAAACCCUGCAUUGUAUGAUGAACUUUCCAAAGGCCAGAGCCCAAAGUUCAUGGUUUUCGCAUGCUCAGACUCGCGUGUUUGCCCCUCACACGUCCUUGAUUUCCAACCCGGUGAGGCGUUUGUAGUACGUAACGUUGCCAACAUGGUCCCUCCUUUUGACAAGACUAAGUAUGCUGGAGUAGGAGCUGCUGUUGAGUAUGCAGUUUUGCAUCUCAAGGUAGAGCAAAUAAUCGUAAUUGGGCAUAGCCGUUGUGGAGGGAUCAAGGGUCUCAUGACUUUCCCUGAUGAGGGACCUCACACCACCGAUUUUAUCGAAGACUGGGUUAAAGUAUGUUCUCCUGCCAAGGCGAAAGUUGUAGCAGAAAGUGGUAGUUCAACCCUCGAUGAUCAAUGUGUUAGCUGUGAAAAGGAAGCUGUGAACGUAUCGUUGGGACAUCUACUGACUUACCCAUUUGUAAGAGAUGGAUUGGUGAAGAAAACACUAGCACUAAAGGGUGGUCAUUACGAUUUUGUUAAUGGAACCUUUGAGCUAUGGGGACUCGACUUUGGCCUUUCACCUCCUACCUCUGUAAAAGAUGUUGCCACUAUACUCCAUUGGAAGCUCUUCUAAGAGGGUGGGAUGAAGCUUAUGAGGUGGUUAUGUAGAAGUCCAUUUUUAUAACAAAACUAUAACCUUGUAAACCCGAUCAUAAAUUAAAUAACAACAUAUAUUUCGGUUAAUGGUAUCAAACUUAUAUGCUAUGUUAUGGAAGUUCGAAUUAAAAAAAAAAAUAGCCAAACUAUUUUGUGAAUAAACAAAAUAUUAUCAUCACAAUUAACAAACCACAAAUUCCCAUUUAUUUAUUUUUACACAAAAUUUGAAGUAAAAGCAUACAACAACAAUAGAAAAUGGAACCCCAACUUUAAUGUUCCUAUGUUUCUAUCAAACCAUAUUUAAAAAUCCAAAUUAGGCAUCAAGAAGGAAUUCAAGUGAGAGUGAUUUCUUAUUCCGAUUUCGGCCCGCAUCCCCAAGAAGCUCUGCUAGUCUCCGCUUCUCAUCAUCCACAUCCGGAUUCGCAGUUCCAAGCUUCUCCUCUCUCAUCCCAACCACAUAUUCAAGUAUCUCAAUCGCAUCGUCCCAUCUGCCCAUGGCAUCAUAAGUGCCGGCAAGAUUACUAUAAACCCCAAGUGUGUCAGGAUGGUGAGGCCCAUACUCUGUCUCCAAUAUACCUCUCGCUUCUUCAAAAAGAUCAGCCGCUUCAUUUAUCGAGUGAAUCUGAACACAAGCAAGCCCCAUUUGAUUCAAAGCAACACCAAAAAGCGCCGAUUUCUUCUCCCCCACCGCCCUCAGCUUCCCAAUCGCCGCCUUCAAACACCCAUACGACUCCAAAUACUUCCCCAUCAUAUAAUACAAAACCCCAAUCUGAGCUUCAAUUCCGGCCACCGUGCUCAACUGACCUACCGCCUUCCCGUACACCUUCAACGCCUUCUUCAGUAGAUUAAUUGCGUGAUCGAGUUCAUUCAUCGACUCAUAAAUCGCCGAAACUUCAAUCAAACCACUCGCGAUUUCUUCUCUAGGGAUUCCGGCGACUGGUUUCACGUAAAUCCGUAACGCGUUUUCACAGUACGAUUUCGAUUCACGUAGUUUCCCGAUUUUGUUGUAGACGUCGGCCAAUCGGACGAAAACCGAAGCAACUGAUGGAUGAUUAUCGCCUUUUGUUGAUUUGAAAAGAUUAAGCGAUUUCUGAUACGAAAAAAUCGCCUCGUCGUAACGAGACAAUGAUAAAUAAGCGUCCCCGAUGCAAACAUCGAUAGCAGCAACUUCUGUUUCGUGUCCAUCUCCGGCCAUGGCGACGCUCGCCAAAACGUAAUGUUCGAGGGCGGUUUCGUAAUCUCCCAUCGCUUCACAUAUCAGCCCCAUGAGCCGCCGGUCGGCGGCUUCUUCCGGUGAACCGUUUUUGUGUAUAUCAAGAGCCAUUUGACAUAACCGCUUAGCUUCAUCGAACUGCAUACCUUGUACAUGAGCUUCCGCUACGUAUCUACAAGUUUCACCAAAUCGGGAAUCGGAUUCACCUAAAACUUGUCGUUGGAUUUCUAAACCGGCGGUGUAACAAAGUAUUGAAUUCUCGAUGUUUCCAAUCAUUGAAUACGUAUCGCCUAACUGCAUACACCCUGCAAAUUUAGCGAGAGAGUGUUUUUGACCUUGGUCCAUGUUUGGGAUUUCGAUUGAACGUUCUAACAAAGGAAUGGCGUCGGUGUAACGUCCAGAACUGCAAUUCAAAGCUGCUACGAUGUGCAAACACAUGACGACUUCCAAAUUUGGUGUCUCAGAUUGGAUGCUUUCGAAUGAUUUCAAUGCUCGUUGAGCCAAUUCAAAAGCCCUUUUCGGGUUAUCACCUGAUGACAACAAGUCUCGCGCUUGUUUGAGUAAAUAAGUCCCGAGGUACGCUGGAUCUUCGUUGGGUGAAAUUUUUUCUUGUUUUUUGAGAUUUAUCCUCGAUGGAAUCCUCUUACGAGAAGGAAGUCGGUUUUUUGGAGUUGAAGACUGUUCAGAUUUUGGGAUGUUUACAGUCGUGUUGCUGUCGUUUGAUGUUUCUUUCGCUUCUUUUUCAUCGAUUGUGACGACUGUCUCUUUUGUAGCACCGCCGUCUGGUUUCAUAAAGUCUCCUCCGGCGAGAAAGCGGAGCUCGGAAUCUAUUCGCGAUUCUUGACCAUAUGAUAAGUAACUGAACCUGGAAGGUGACUGGUCGGAGCUUUGCAUUUCACAGACGUUGUUAUAGAGCUGUUCAAUGGAGGUGUCGACGCCGCCGGGACUGUCAACGGAUAAACCCAUUGAAUCGCUCUCCGGGCUGAGUGUCGUCAAUGGGCUUCUCGGCGAUGAGUAGCCGAAAAGCUCUUUGUGUGGGACAUAUCCUCCGGUUUGUAUGUUAUCGCCGGCCGGAUUUGAGGUUGAAACGUCGGCGACAAUUUCAGGCAUUUUGAACAGCUUUGAUUUGAAUUACACGGUGGUAUUCUCACAGAAGCAAAUGAUCGAACACCUGGUCUCGAUAAGCUCGAAGCAAAAUCAACCGAAUCGUUUCUGUGAGUGUGAUUUAUGAACAAGAGGAAGAACAGAGAAAGGGGAAGAACUGAAAGAUGUGUGUUUGACUCCUUGUAGGUGGAGUGUGUGUGUGUUUAUAUAGAGAAAAAGAUGAAGGUAAACGCCGAUUGAUGAACAGAGAAAAGGUGGUUGAUGAAGAAGAUAAGAAGCAAAAAUGGAAUCAAAACUAAAAUAAUUCUGAUGAAUGAUAUAUGUAUAAUUUAAGGUAUGUCUGUGGGUGAUGUGUUGGUAGAUAUAAAUAUAUAUGUAUGUAUAAGUGGAAAUGUGCAGAGAGAAUUAAUGGGAGAAGAAAUAUGUGAAAAAGAAAAAUGGAGGUGGAGAGAGAUGGAAUGUUACAAGCGAAGGGGACUUAUUAUCUCACACCAACACCGCC